UAAAUCGAGUGACAUGCAAGAAGGGGCUGAUGAACGCAGCGGAAUCUUAAAAAACAAUAGAAUAUUUAAACUUUUUAAAAAAAUGAAAGAGGAAAAACAAAAAGAGGAAGAAGCGGUACAGGAGGAGAUUAAUAAAAAUUUGUUUAUCGAAACUUUGCGAAGAGCAAGGAAGCCCUCUGUGCUUGAAUGGAUACAACAAAAUAAACUGGAAUAUGCGUUGAGCGAAUUAACGCAUUUGAGGGAAAACCCUCCCUCCACAUCAAAGGGAUUUAUGAUCAAUUUUGGGGAAUGGAGGCCUGUUUCUCCCCGAACCGUAGUUGGCGAAUUAUGGCCUUAUGACCGGAGUUUGGCUUUCGGGGUCGAAAGAGCUAGCUCCAUGACCUCCUGGUUUCAGGAGUAUUUUUGGGACGAGAGCGAGAGGAAUUACCUUGCUCGUGGAUUUUGGACUCCAGUAAGUAUCUAAUUAAAUAUGACAAACAAAAAAAUAAAAUUCUGAAAAUUUAUUUAUUUUUUUUUUUAUCAAUCCUUUCGUAACCCAGUAUACGUCGGGGAUUAUUUACCGGCACUGAAAUUGGUUGAGGGAGGAAUUUCGGAGGGUCUGCCUCCGUUAGUUUGUCUUUUAAGGGACCUGCCUGAGAUCCCUCCGAAAGUAGGGUUUCAGCCCUUGAAAGAGGGAUUCAAGCUGACUUUUCUCCAGUGCCACGACUGGUUGGCGCCAGGGCAGCCACGGACAAGAGGCUGGUGGAAAGUGGUAAGACGAUUCUCUAUCUCUUUUCUCCCACAAUUUAUACUUAUGACUGCGGCAUUUUAGAAAUAUGU